AUGCCAGUUAACUUGCGCGAGAAGAUCAAUUUGGCGAUACCCGCGAAUUCUUGCGGCAAUCUUUUUGCCGUCACGUGGGUGCAAUCUGGUCAGCCAACGGCUGGAAAAAUUGAGUUGGAGUUCGACGGAAUGGUGAAUGUGAUACACGACAUGAUAGCGGAUGCCAAAACGAAGUACGCAACAGUAGCAGAUGGGGAGGAGUUAUGCUCGAUGGUGGGCGAUUCUCUAGCCGAAUUUGUCAAAAUUUUGGCCAGAGGCAAAGAUUGUCCGUUUGGUUUCAGUAGCUGGUGCCGGCUUGGGCUAUGCGAGAAUGAUUUUGGGUGGGGAAGGCCAGUUCUCGUGAGCAACACAUCGUCGAAUUUCAAAUCGAUUUUUCUUAUCGACGAUGAAGAGACUGGAGGAAUCGAUGCAUGGAUAACCACCGACGAAGAUGAGAUGAUUCUUCUUAAGCAAGAUCCAGAAAUUCUGAAAUUCACUUCUUAG